AUGAACACUUCAGAGUUAUCAAUAGUUGAGGAAAUCGACUACGAAGCACUGCCAUCACAUGCUCCGCUGCGUUCUCAGUUACUUGCAGGAGCAUUUGCAGGUAUAAUGGAGCAUUCUUUGAUGUUUCCAAUAGAUGCUCUAAAAACUCGAGUACAGGCUGCAGGCUUGAACAAAGCUGCCUCUUCUGGGAUGAUAGCUCAGAUAUCCAAGAUAUCUUCAGUGGAAGGCUCGAUGGCUCUAUGGAAAGGAGUCCAAUCGGUGAUACUGGGGGCAGGGCCUGCACAUGCGAUAUAUUUUGCUACAUACGAAUUUUGCAAAGCUCGGCUAAUUAGCCCAGAAGACAUGCAAACUCACCAGCCAAUAAAGACUGCGCUGAGUGGUACUAUUGCUACCAUUGCUGCUGAUGCAUUGAUGAACCCUUUUGACACCAUCAAACAAAGGUUACAACUGGACACUAAUUUGAGAGUAUGGAACGUCACUAAGCAAAUAUACCAAAAUGAAGGCUUUGCGGCAUUCUAUUAUUCGUACCCGACCACAUUGGCGAUGAAUAUCCCAUUUGCGGCCUUCAAUUUCAUGAUAUAUGAAUCUGCCAGCAAAUUUUUCAACCCACAAAACUCUUAUAAUCCAUUGAUUCACUGUCUUUGUGGCGGAAUAAGUGGCGCAACCUGUGCUGCGUUAACAACACCUUUGGAUUGCAUAAAGACUGUUUUACAAGUCAGAGGCAGCGAGACUGUCUCAAUCGGAAUAAUGAGAGAUGCUAACACUUUUGGCAGGGCUUCGAGGGCUAUACUGGAGGUGCAUGGUUGGAAGGGAUUUUGGCGGGGUUUGAAGCCAAGAAUAGUAGCGAAUAUCCCAGCUACUGCCAUUUCCUGGACUGCAUAUGAAUGUGCCAAACAUUUUCUAAUGAAGAAUUAA